GUCGGAACGUUCCGAAGAUGACGUCGGAGCGUUCUCGAAUCCCGUGUCUCUCGGCUGCUGCUGCCGAAGGAACAGGGAAAAAGCAACAAGAAGGAACAGCAAUGGCGACACUGCACCGCAAAGUGCCCAGUCCGGAGGCGUUUCUGGGCAAACCCUGGUCCUCCUGGAUCGACGCCGCCAAAAUACACUGCUCCGACAAUGUAGAUUUAGAAGAGGCUGGAAAAGAGGGUGGCAAAAGCAGGGAGGUUAUGAGGCUUAAUAAAGAAGAUAUGCACCUAUUUGGCCAUUAUCCAGCACAUGAUGACUUCUAUCUGGUCGUGUGCAGUGCCUGCAAUCAGGUUGUGAAGCCACAGGUGUUCCAGUCACACUGCGAGAGAAGACACAGUUCAAUGUGCAGGCCUUCUUCCUCUCCAGCAUCUCCAGCCUCCAAUGCCCGGACAUCUCUAGCACAGGCAAAGACGAAAACCUGUCUCAGCGGCCAUAACGCUGUCAGCAGCACCUCAAAGCCAUUUAAAACACCCAAAGACAAUCUACUUACCUCCAGCAGCACACAGCACACAGUCUUCUCUGCAAAGGGACCAAGAGAUAAACCAUGCGUUCCAGUUCCCGUAGUCAGUCUAGAGAAAAUUCCUAACCUAGUGAAGGCAGAUGGUGCCAAUGUCAAAAUGAACUCUACAACCACUACUGCAGCCACCUCCUCCUCCUCCUCCUCCUCUGCCGUCUCCACCCCACCUUUAAUUAAGCCCACCUUGAUGUCCAAGUCAGUGCCACCUUCACCAGAGAAGAUCUUAAAUGGCAAAGGGAUCCUGUCAGGCACCGUAGACAAGAAGCACCAAAAUGGCACCAAAAACAGCAACAAGCCUUACCGGAGACUUUCAGAGAGAGAAUUUGACCCAAAUAAACACUGUGGAGUAUUGGAUCCCGAGACAAAGAAACCUUGCACAAGAUCCCUCACCUGCAAGACCCACUCGCUGAGCCAUCGGAGAGCAGUCCCAGGCCGGAAAAAGCAAUUUGACCUCCUCCUGGCAGAACACAAAGCCAAGUCGCGGGAGAAAGAAGUGAAAGAGCACCUUCUGACUUCCGCUAGGGAGAUACUUCCAAACCCGCCGGGACCUGCGCCUGAUGCUCUGCAAGGAUCUUCCGGGAGCACGGUGGCAGAGCUGAAAGUAGCAUCCCCACCCAAAGCCAGACCACUCAACUCUGUACUUCCCAGACCGUCAUCUGCCAACAGCAUCAGCAGCAGUGCGUCUUCAAAUCACAGCGCUUACACUCCAGAGCCCCCUCUGCCCCCAGCUGGAGGGGACCUCGCCAGCCGGCUGUCCAGUGAUGAAGGGGACAUGGACGGAGCAGAUGAAUCCGAGAAGUUAGACUGUCAGUUCUCCACGCACCACCCCAGACCUCUUGCGUUCUGCUCAUUCGGGAGCCGCCUCAUGGGACGAGGGUACUAUGUGUUUGAUAGACGAUGGGAUCGGUUCCGGCUCGCAAUAAACUCCAUGGUAGAAAAGCACUUGAAUUCGCAGAUGUGGAAGAAGAUCCCUCCUGCGGCAGAUAGCCCCAUGCCCUCGCCAGCAGCCCACAUCACCACCCCUGUUCCAGCAUCCGUUUUGCAGCCUUUCAGCAACCCCAGUGCUGUGUAUCUUCCUUCAGCUCCCAUCAGCUCGAGACUCACCUCUUCUUACAUAAUGACAUCAGCCAUGCUCUCAGACGCAGCUUUUGUGGCAUCGCCGGACCCACGCGUCCUCAUGUCCCACACCACAGCUUUCCCCCAUGUGGCUGCAACCCUCAGCAUCAUGGACUCAACCUUCAAGGCCCCAUCUGCCGUGUCCCCGAUACCAGCUGUCAUUCCUUCCCCAUCCCACAAGCCAUCCAAAACCAAAACCAGCAAAUCCUCAAAAGCGAAAGACCUGUCAGCUCGUAGCGACGAAUCUCCAAGUAACAAAAAGAGGAAGCCGCAGUCCUCGACUUCCUCCUCCUUACCCUUGCAGGCUUCCCUCUCGUCUCCAUUGUCAGGGCCCCACAAAAAGAACUGCGUUUUGAAUGCCAGUUCCGCUUUGAACUCCUAUCAGGCAGCCCCUCCCUAUAACAGUCUGUCUGUGCACAACUCAAAUAACGGGGUAAGCCCACUCGGUGCCAAGCUGGAGCCCUCAGGACGGACCUCGCUGCCCAGCGGCCCCAUGGACAUAGUGAGACAGGUGGGCGCUGUGGGUGGCAGCAGUGGCUCCUGUCCCCUCUCUGUGCCCUCCCUUGCGCUCCAUGCAGGGGACCUCUCUCUGGCCUCACACAAUGCUGUGUCUUCUCUGCCCCUCUCUUUUGACAAAUCAGAAGGAAAAAAGCGUAAGAAUUCAAGUCCCAGUAGCAAAGCCUGUAAGAUCACUAAAAUGCCUGGUAUGAAUAGCGUUCACAAAAAGAACCCACCCAGCCUUCUUGCACCGGUGCCCGAUCCCGUUAACAGCACCUCCUCUCGGCAGGUUGGAAAAAAUAGCAGCCUAGCUUUGUCACAAUCCGGUCCUGCAAGCAUAUCCAGCCCAGGACACAGCCGACAGUUGGAUAACUUGUAUGCCUUCUUUUGUAUCGAUGUACCAACUGUAAAUAACGCUGAUCAACCUUUGUAGAAAAUAGUUUAUACCGCGCAUUCUAUUAUUGCAGAUUCUCAGUGAACUCUUGUUUAAAGAAAAGGAAAAAAAUGAAAUUUUCUAUUUACACCUUAUAUUUUGUUAUGCUGUCAGCCCAUGGCACUUUAAACAAAACUCUGUGGGUUUUAUGUAGCUGGUCAGUCAUGGGGUAAAUUAAAUAACUAUUGUUGCACAGACAAGAAUUUGCACCUGUUCAUUUGUCCUUUCCUACUAACCAAUUUUAGAAGCUUUUCCAGAAGAAUUUUGAAGAGAGCAUGUCCAAUCAUACUCAACAAAGGCCACACUCACGGAGUGGGUUUCUUUUCUAUGAUCCAUAUUUUGUAACACUAAGUAUUUUCCUUCUUUGUCCUGCACCUUUAUGAAUUAGCACUAUCAGAUAGAAUCCAUUCCAUGCCUGUGAUGUUGUAAGCAGAUACAUGUCUGAAGUAGGUGUAAAUAGUAAACUCUAUGGCUUACAGUUUUUAAAAGAAAGAACAAAUAUGUAUCUAUUGAUACUGCCGUGGUUCAGCACCAGGUCUGGAAAUAUUCUCCAGUGAGUGAUUGUAUUUUUUUUUUUUU